AUGCACUCCCUACGGCUUCAAUCUGUGGUUCCUUUGCUUUUGAUCACUUACUUUCUUUCGAUCAACGGUGAGUCGAGUCUAAGCCAGGAUGAUCUACCAUAUGCAAACUGCGGCGAAGAUAUUAACUGCGGUGGCAUCAGACUCUCGUACCCGUUUCGGGGAGUAAACCGAGCUAAUUACUGUGGUCCGCCAGGGUUCGAUGCGGAAUGCCUAGAUAAUGUCCCCAUGAUCAGCAUAUCGAGUAUCAACUACAGAAUUCUUAAAACCAACUAUAGUGCUCCCUCUGUUACAGUUGCCAGGCAGGACUAUUGGGAAACUAUCUGCCCUCAGACUUAUGUCAACACCAACAUCAACUUCUCUCUGUUUGAUUAUACUUCUGGGCUUACAAACCUGACCUUUUACUAUGGGUGUGCAAGUAUAAAUACCCCGGGGCUUAACUCUAGUUCCCAACCUUGCGAUACAAACAACGACAAUGUUACGUAUGUCGUGGGAAGUCUCCCAUUUGAUCCCGUCGCUAACGGUACCUGUAAAAAUUGGGUCAGUAUUCCGGUUUUUACGACAGCUGCUCUGGCUCUAGAGGCCAAUCGAACAACUAUCGAGGAAGUGGUAGAUGGGGGCUUUGAAUUGGGAUUGCAGAUCGAUAAUAUUCAAUGCACCAAUUGUGUGGAAUCAGGAGGGAAGUGUGGGCUUAACACGAAAAAUGGUGGAUUCAGUUGCUUUUGCCUCGAUCAGACCUAUGCAACCGUAUGUAAUGCAACUGCACCCGGAGCAGAAGUUUCAGGAAAUAAGAAGGAAAUUGCAAUAGGUUUGGCUGUUGGUGGAUUUUCCGUGAUAAUAAUCAUUCUUUGUAUUAUUAUAUGCAUAUUGUGGAAGCAAAAUGUCCGAAAAUCGCCCCCACACAUAUCAAGAAAAAGAAUGGUCUUAUUCGUCAAGAAAGAUAAGAGGGAUGAGUUUGAUGUUGAGGCAUUUAUAAGGAACUAUGGAUCGCUUACUCCAAAGCGGUAUACCUAUGCAAAUGUCAGGAAAAUGACAGACUCUUUCAGAGACAAACUAGGUCAAGGUGGAUAUGGAACCGUGUACAAAGGCAGGCUACCUGAUGGGCUUCUGGUGGCGGUCAAAGUCCUAAGCGAGUCCAAGGGUAAUGGAGAAGACUUUGUUAAUGAAGUUGCUAGCAUUGGUAGAACCUCCCAUGUCAACAUAGUCACUCUUUUUGGAUUCUGUUACGAGGGGGACAAAAGAGCUUUGAUUUAUGAGUUCAUGCCUAAUGGAUCUCUGGAUAAUUUCAUACAUAAGCACGGAUCUGAAAUGGCAAAUUUUCGAUUAGAAUGGAAAACGCUAUCUGAAAUUGCAGUUGGUAUUGCUCGAGGACUAGAAUACUUACACGGUGGAUGUAACACAAGAAUUUUGCAUUUUGACAUAAAGCCACAGAACAUUCUUCUCGACAAAGAUUUUCGCCCAAAAAUCUCUGAUUUUGGCCUUGCCAAAUUAUGCAAAACGAAGGACAGUAUUGUAUCGAUGAUGGGCACAAGAGGGACUGCAGGAUACAUUGCACCAGAAGUGUUUAGUCGGAACUUUGGAGGAGUGUCUCACAAAUCUGAUGUUUACAGCUACGGGAUGUUGGUUCUUGAAAUGGUUGGGGCAAGAAAGAAUUUGGAUUCGGGAGUGUCUCAUACGAGUGAAAUGUUUCCACAUUACAUUUAUAAAGAUCUAGAGCUAGACAAGGAUGAGAAUGUUUUUGGGGCAAUCACAGAGGAGGAAAAAGAAAUAGCAAGAAAGAUGGUAUUAAUAAGUCUCUGGUGCAUUCAGACCAAUCCUUCUGAUCGGCCAUCAAUGACCAAAGUUGUAGAGAUGUUGGAAGGACCCCUUCAUUCCUUGCAAAUUGCGCCCAAGCCUUUCUUGUUUUUUCCUACAAUAGCUGCAGAAGACUUGGCACUGGAAUAUUGAUAGAGGAAAAACAAAUAUACAUAGAAUAAUACCUUUAUCAGGACCUCUUCCCUAAUUGUCAUGCCUAUGUUUCACCUCUUUUUUGUCCCCUAGAUCACUCCGACUUUAGCCUAAAAAUAGUUGCAGUCCCUUGUACUUCAAUCUCUGACAGAUUAUCAACACAAAUCUUUACCGAUUAUCAAUUCCCGAGGGGAAUUUUAUUGUUUACAGCAACUAUCUCAUUUAU